ACUCCUUUGGCUCUAUAAGAAGUGAUACUUUUUGUGUCGGAGGCUACUAACUUCCACUGCUUCAUGUGCAACUCAUGGCUACUCCGACCAUUGCAAAAGCGAUUCCUGUGUCCGAACCUAAAUCACUACUCCAUAACUCUCAUGUCGAACCAUCCCCUGACACCAAAGAAAUAAUUGAUAUAGAACAUGUUCCAGUUAACGACGAUCCACGCCAAUGGAGUUACGCCAGAAAAACCGUAACUUUGUGUAUUGUGUCCCUGGCUACAAUGGUGUCCUCGUCAGCGGCUAGCAUCCAAAAUCCCUCGAACAUUCUGAUAAGAACAGAUCUACAUGCAACAAAUAAUCAGAUCAGCUGGACAUUAGCGGCGUUCAUACUCGUACAAGGCAACUUUCCACUGGUAUGGAGCGCCAUAGCUGAGAUUACAGGCCGCAAGGUCAUCUAUCUGCUGUCUUCGGUUUUAUUUGUAGUGGGGAGUGCUGUCCUAGCACUUUCAAAGACAAUCGAAGUGAUGAUCGCUAUGCGAACACUUCAAGCAGCGGGAUCAAGUGCUUUCUUGGCUAUUUCAGCUGCCACUCUGGCCGAUAUUUAUGAUACUCACGAACGUGGGACCAUGAUGGGCGUCUUCUAUGCUGCACCUCUUUUAGGACCCGCACUCGGCCCUGUGAUCGGCGGGCUAUUGUCGCAGGCCUUCAACUGGCGUGCAAUUUUCUACUUUCUGCUGAUCUGUGGAGUGAUCAUCUUUCUCUUCUUCCUCAUCCUGUUUAAGGACACAUACCGAUGUGAACGAAGUCUCACGUAUUACUCUGCCCUGCAACGACGGGAUGCCUCCCGAGGACCCGUUCGGCAUCCCAGCCAGUCUACCAUCGCAGGAUCUGAGUUCAGCAAGAACCAAACACAUGACAAGGACCUUGAGAAGCAGUUCCAACUCCCGGUUGUUCCAGAGAAGAUUCCAUCGGCGACGCCUACACCAGGGCCGGAUAAUAUUAGGCUAUCAAUAAAGGAUAUCAACCCUUUUCCACCAUAUUUACAAAUUUUGUCACGAAAGAACAACGUUCUAGUUCUUACUGUUAAUGGACUUGUCUUUGGUUUCAACUAUUGUCUAUCAUACACAUGCGAACGCACUCUCGCCAAUGUGUAUGGUUAUGACGCACUAAGCAUCGGCUUGGUGUUGCUUUGCCUUGGCAUUGGGAGUGUUGCUGGGAGUAUAAUUGGUGGACGUUGGUCUGACCGGGUGGUUGGGAAGAUGAUAAAAGCAAACGGAGGACAGUGGCAUGCAGAAAUGCGAUUAGAGAGCUCAAAACUGACAAUGCUGUGGAUACCUUUAUCUCUCAUCGGUUAUGGUUGGGCGUGCGACAAGCAUCUCAACGUGGCUGUCAUUUGUGUCAUGCUUGUCCUUGUUGGAUUCACAACUAUAUGGAUGUACGCAAGUACGUUGGCGUACCUAGUUGACGCCAACCCUGGUCGCUCGGCCGCAGCAGUGGCCACGAAUAGCUCGUUCCGAGGAUCCCUGGCUUUCCUUUCAGUCUUGAUUGCUGUACCGCUUCAAAACGCUUGGGGAGAUGGUAUAUUAUUCACGGCAUGGGCUUGCGUCUUGGCUGCUGCAGAGUUACUAGUUAUAAUAGUGGUGCACAAAGGAGAAUCGUGGCGCAAGGGGGAUGAGGAAAAUGAGCGUAAAAUGCUAAGUAAAUGAAUACUCGCGUUUUAAUAUUUCUAGACAGAUAUAGAGCAUGCAGGGCAGGCCUAUAUCUAGUGCGAUAGAAUUAAGUAUAUAUGUACUUAGUAACUUACAUAUGAAAUGAAAUAUCUACUCUGC